GUGCAACAUCACCCGAGCCAUGACAACCAACCUGUACGAGAACGCAGUGUGCUUGGCGCCGAUGGUCCGCGCCGGCACGCUGCCGCUGCGGCUGCUCUCGCUGCGCUAUGGCGCCAACCUCGUCUACGGCGAAGAGAUCAUCGACAAGAAGAUUGCGCAGACGCACCGCGUCGUCAACGAUGUGCUCGGCACGAUCGACUAUGUGAGCGCGCAAGGCGACAGCGUUGUGUUCCGCACGUGCGCCGAAGAGAAGAACCACGUUGUCUUCCAGAUCGGGACGCCGGGCGCCGUCACCGCGCUCAAAGCCGCCGAAACAGUCGCCAACGACGUGGCGUCCAUCGACAUCAACAUGGGCUGCCCCAAGCACUUUUCCGUGCAAGGCGGCAUGGGCAUUGCGCUCAUGAGCAAGCCCGACGUCGCUUCGGACAUUAUCAAAACCCUGCGUCGGAACCUCAAUAUCCCCGUGUCGUGCAAGAUCCGCAUCAAAGACAGUCCCAGUGCGACGAUUGACUUUGCCAAAAUCAUGGAACAAGCGGGCGCAGCGGCCAUUGCGAUCCACUGCCGGCAACCCCACGAACGUCCUUGCGAUGACGCGCACUGGGACGCGCUGCCGUUGCUUCCGUCGGCGCUCAAUGUGCCCGUCCUGGCCAACGGCGACAUUUACACGCAGGAAGACAUUGCCCGCGUGCGCGCUGAGACGGGCUGUUCUGGCGUCCUCAUUGCGCGCGGCGCCCUUCAUAAUGCGUCGUGCUUUCGCAAAGAGGGCCUUCUGCCCUACACCGAGAACAUUCGCGAGUUUCUCAAGGUCGCGGCCGAGACAGACAAUGUGUUCCAAAACACAAAGUACUCGAUUAGCCGCAUGCUCCCGUCCAAGGUCAACCACCUCGAGACGCCGUCGGUCGUGCUGCCAUACGACCACGUCACGGUCCCCGACAUUGCAGCGACCAAGUCGAACCGUGAAAUGUUUGCACUCUUUGGCCUCGGCGAGUACUUGGACGAGUACACGGCCAAGUACGCUGCCCGCGCGUCCGAGCUGGACGUGUCGGUGGGCCCCAAUGCGCCGGACCGCGUCUACGACGACAGCCACAUCUUGAACCGGCAGUUUUUCUGCGACGCGUGCGGGCUCCAGCUGCUGAGUGACCAGGAUGUUGCGUUGCAUGUGAAGGGCAAGCGCCACAAGAAGAAGCUCCGCGCGCUCGCGAGCCAGUCGGUCUUGGCGUCGGUCGAGUCGUCCAACAAGCGCCUCAAAGUGUCUGCCGCCGACGACGACAUCGCUGCGCUCACGACGCAAGACUAGCUAGAAAACAUGGAAUAAGCCACGGCAAAAUGUAUCUAGCCACCAAAGCUGCA